AUGUCAAAGGAAGGAAGAUUCAGAUGGUUGAAAGAAGUACCAGAAGAAACAGAAUUAACAUCGUAUGAAUUAGCCGAAGCAACCAAAAUCUUAAUUAUGCAAGCUCAAUCAGAAGGUCUCAAUGAAAAGGAAAUAAACAAAUGGAAUCUUUAUUAUAGCGACACACAUUCCUUAUGGAAAUGCCGGAGCCGACUGGAUAAUACCAGUACAGGAAUAUACCCAGAUAGUUUAAAUCUAAUAUACCUUCUAAGGCAUAAUCCAAUUAUCCACUCACUAAACUCUUCCAACCCUUCCUCUCCGGAAUGUCGCGAAAGUCGCGAAAAUUAA